UCACCGUGGCGCACAGUGACAGAGUGCUGCUGAACUGUGCUGAACAUUAAACGUGGAUUUAAAUGAUAAAACCACCGUGAUCUGUUUAUUUUAUUUUAUUUAUUCUAAUAAUUUAAUACAGACUGGAGUAACAGAAGAUUUACUGGAGAAAUGAAUGCUGUCCUUUUUUAAGACUAGCCUUGCUCCUAUUGUCUUUUUUUGCUGUUUCCUAUGACACUCAAUCAGAGGAUUUCACAAACAUGUCAAGCUGUUGAAAAUAGGAGAAAAAUAUGGCAUCCAUAGAAAUAUCCAGCACUCAGAAAGCCUGCUUCCCUACACCAAACAGACAAAAGCAGAAAAAAUCAGGCAAGGAUAAAAUCCACCAAUGCUCAGACUGUGGGAAGAUUUUCAGCAAACUGAGCCAAUUAAAAACACACCAGCGCAUUCACACUGGAGAGAAACCGUAUCAAUGCUCAGAGUGCGGAAAGCGUUUUAGUCGACAGAGUAAUCUCAACACACACCAGCGCAUUCACACAGGAGUGAAACCGUAUCAGUGCUCAGAGUGUGGAACUAGUUUUAAUCGCCAGACGACUCUCAGAACACACCAGCGUAUUCACACUGGAAUAAAACCGUAUUACUGUUCAGACUGUGGGAGGAGCUUUAAUCAACAGAAUGCUUUCCGGCAGCACCAGAGUAUUCACCGAGGAGAGAAACCGUUUCACUGCUCAGAGUGUGGAAAGGGUUUUAACCAACCCAGUACACUCCGGCAACACCAGCGCAUUCACACUGGAGAGAAACCGUAUCAAUGCACCGAAUGUGGGAGGAGUUUCAUUCAGCAGUGUCAUCUCCAUGAACAUCUUCGCAUUCACACUGGAGAGAAACCGUAUUACUGCUCAGACUGUGAGAAGAGCUUCAGACAUUCUACUACAUUAAAAGCACACAAGUGCAUCAGUCAUGGGAAUGUUCAGUUACAUGCCUAAUGCUAUUCCAUUAAUCCCAAACUGUAUUGCAAAAUUAUGACUAACUUAUUUAUAAACAGAAAUGAAUUAUUAUAUUAUAUCAGUGUUGUUGUGCUGUAAAUGUGUAUGUUUUAUGUUAUUUUAAUGUUCACUGCAUAGCUAGAUUCUAGUACAUUCUUAGCUAUUGAUAUUAUGAAAUACAUAUGAUAUAUUUGUAUUCAUUUGGGUGAAUGUUUACUUUUAAAUUAUUUUAUUAUUAUUCUGUUGAUAUCUAAUAAAUAUGUUGUGUGUGUGUGUAUUAUAAUAAAAUUAUUAUAAAACCAGGUACUUCAAAUUACUUCAGGUAUCUCAAAUUAUUUGUCACCCUGAUACAAUCACUUUUAGGCAAAUAGAGGAGCCAGUGAGGCAAAUAUUGAGGAAUGCGUUUAGGGUGACAGUAUUUAUAAUGAUUUUGCAUUUAGGUACAAAAAUAUAUGAACAAAAAAAAAGUGUUUAAAAGCAGAGAAAAAAUCAAUGUGUACAAAUAAAUUGCAAAAGAUUUUA